UUGAACACUUGCCAGUGGAUUGCAAUUUUGAGUGACACUUUAAUACUAAUUAUUAAAAAACAGGUGCUUCGCGCAUUUGGACACAUUCAGUGUGUUACACACUAGUGCAAUAAUUGACACUUUUAUCAUGUUCAUAGUGAUAUUUGCACUGAACACUGACCAGUGUAUUGCAAUUUUGACACUUAUUGAUUAUUGAAAACUAGUGCUUUUUAACUUGUGUGACCUUUAUUUUUAUUAAAGCGUGAUUGAUCUGUUUUGUUUAUAUUCUUUUUGUGUAGUUAGAUACACAUAAGACAAGUUUAGUCGUCCUUAUUAGUCUUGUUGCAAUAGUAUUGUUAAGGUAGUAUUUGGGUUGUUAAGACUUGUCUUUUUAUAAUUAGUAGAUUUAUUACGCAGGCUCUUUUGAACAGGAUGCAGUGUUGUGUCAGGAAGCAUUUUCCUUUUAUUUUUUCAGGUGCCCAAGACAGGAGAAAAGUGAACCGUAUUGCUGGGGACUCCAAUGCUCAUCGGAUUAAGGAUAUUCUUCCUGACGAUAUAGCUGUCAAAUGCCUGCCAAUCUCUGAUGAGAAUAUGUAAUGACAAUGACAUUCGCCAACUCUGUUUUCAAAGGUGCCAAAUUUUCUUGUGAUCGUUUUCGCCAUGCAUUGUUGAGAGACUUGCGGAAGAUGGAUGUUCAACAGCUGUAUCUUCAUCUAGCCUCAAAUGACAUUCUUACGAAUGAAGCAGUGUUUUACCGAGAUGUAGCUGACUUGUGCGAUUUGGUGCAUCAGGAGGCGCACAAUCGGUGUCCAGAAUGCAGGGUUGUUUGCUCCAACGAAGACGCUUUGCUGAGCCACUUCUGCAGUCGCCACAUCAAGCAACCAGAGACUGGAAAAGAGAGUAAAAUUAAGCUGAUAGGCUCACCAAUGAUUGCAUCUGCUAAUCAUUAACUCAACGAAGUCAGCUCAAGGAAGUGGAAGGCAUGCUUGGAAAAUAGAAGUUUCCAUUAUGAAGGAACAUACAAACAUUUCCCACCCACCAUGUGGAUCAAGAUGUUUGGGCUGAUGAUUCUGGGUCGUAUGUGUGGACAAGGUGGUCUUCAUUACAUCAUGAUGCAGCUGUGUAUUCAACAACAUGUUAACCUGUCCCAGCGGAUGUUGAUGCUCUUAAAUCUCUUAAAUGAUGUUGAGAAAAAUCCAGGACCGGUACUUUAUGACAAAAUAUACAUCGUUUAUUGAAUAACUAUAUAUAUUUAUUUUAACAUUAAAGUGAUUUUUUUCUUG